CGUCAACGAGCACAAAAUUUUAGGCCAAAAUACCUUCAUCACCUUACCUUCAACCUCUUUCUUCUUUUAACGUCAACUUGCAGGUCUGACUUGUAGGACAAUUCCGAAUAAAAUCGUGUUUGACCAUCACCCGGAAGAAAAUCAGGCCUUCACUUUUUGAAACAACCAUAUUUAUCGACCUCCUUUUCCUUCGAAACGAAAAACGACGGACACACUUUUCGUAACUCUGAUACCUUUAGCAUAAUAGGUACGAUCUAGUUGAUGAUGAGAUUUUAGUUGCUUCGGAUGAUAAGCCACGCGUUCAAAUUGGUUUGCUCAAUUCAUCCCUGUGGCUGGUUUACGUUUCUUUCCAAUAACACACUAACGCUCACUCGACAAACCACCCAUCUUUUCGCUUUUUGGAUUCUAUUUAUUUCUAUUUGCAACUUUUAGGAUAAAUUCCAUACAACAGCAAUUUUUUAUUUACUUCAAACUGAAGCAGCAUGCCUUUGCUAAAACGUAAAAGAUUAGAACCCUUAAAAACCCCGCACUAUGAUCCUCGGAGUAAGGAGUCAAGAAAGAAAACUGUGUGGUAUUCACCAGUGACAAACGAAAUCUUUACCGACUACUCUGAAUAUCUGCAACGUACGACACUAUAUAAGAAACCGAUUUGGCAAUGUGAAUCCACUGGUAAAGCAAACUUAACAUACAAAGAGGCUUUAGAAAGCGAGAAAUUACAAAAAGAACGUGUUCAAGAGAAGUUUCCUCCGCAACUACAAAAGCGUAUCUUGCUUUAUCUUCAAUUCAAAACUGCGCGUCUAGAUGCCAUUGUAGACGAUGUUUAUCAGCAUCUUGUCAACAGGUUCGCUGUAGGCGAACUUGUGUACUGUGAAUGGGAUGAUAAUAUUUCAUAUAAUGCUACAGUGUUAAAAGUCAUUGAUGGAAGUAACCUGCCACCAGCGGAAAGGGAAAAGAAAAACAUUGCAGAAUCAACAACAGGUGAAUAUUAUAAAGUUCAGUUGAUUGAUGAGAAUGGUGAAGGGAUCGAUGAUGAUGACUGUAUAAGGAUUGUUCCCAGCGACAAAUUGAGACGUGAACGUUUUGCAUUCUCCAAAGCUUACCUCAAAAAAUACAUCAAAGAAUAUACUACCAAAGACACAUAUAUUGGUGCUCCUUGGUUAGCUAGACCUGAUAUUGCCGAGAGAUUGAAGAUUGAUACUACAUUGCCCAUGGAUCUUCAAGCAGCCAAAGAUGUUGCGUACUCCAAGUCGAGGAGAAGAAGACAAGAAGCUGCCGCUGCCGCUGCCAAUGCUGCUAAUGACGAUACUCAAACAACAGCUAACGAAACUGCUACCGAAGAAAAAAAGAAACCUAUCAUUAUUGAUGCUCGUAGACUAGAAGCUACUUUGAAGUAUCCAAUGGAAGAUCUAAACAUUCCAAUGUACCGUAGAGAUCCUUCAGGUAUGGGCAAUAUUGUUGAUAUGACACCGGGUACCGAAGGUCAGAAAGCCGUUGCUCAAAAUCCCACGGGUGAUAUGCCACUACGACCUACACCACCCACCCAGCCUACAGUACCUGAUGAUUGUUAUGGAUCUUUUCUUAUGGUUUGGUCUUUUCUGAGUGUGUUUUCUCAACCUUUAAGAUUGUCACCAUUCAGCUUAGACGAUUUCGAAAACGCAUUACGACACAACUCGCAUACAACCAUUAUGACGGAAAGUAAUGUAGCUUUAUUGAACGCCAUCAUUAAGCAGAGAGAUCGACUGAAGAAAGAAAGCUUGGGUCACGGUUCCAUGGCGUUGGCCGCACAACAGUCAUUGUACGGCACUGGGUAUCAGGCAUCGCGCAUGACUGACCCUGUAUAUCAAAACCCCUCCCUUGCGUCCGCAUCCGCCAGCCAAUAUAACAGUGAAGAUGACGCAGAUUUCGACAGCCAUACGUGGAAAGCAAAAAGACCUUCUGUUACGAAACGCAUACCUACUGUCGAAAGAGGUUGUGGUAGCGCUGAAGUAGAAGCCAUCACUUUCAACUGGGAUAAUGGUACCGUGGAUACCGAAGAAGAACGCAUCGGUUGGGAAGAUAUUUUGAUCGGUUUCAUCAACCAACUUGCUCCGAUUGAGCAAUUGCCUGAAGUGGAUAGAAUAUUGAGUCAUCUUGUGCCCAGUGCAACAUCGACAUUAGAAGAACGUGAACAAGCUUAUAUCUCACUAAGUUUGCGGGACAAGAUCAAAAUUUUUGAGCUUCUAUUGAGCGUGGCCAACGAAUCUUACGUGAUCAAGAACUAUAUGGAUGAAUGUCAAGAUCAGCUCACAGAACUCCGUAAACAAAAGAUAGAUUUGAGUCGCGAACGUAAAAGAAUUGAAGCUGAAAGACGAGAAUUGGAUGAAAAGCAAAACGAAGAGAAUAGAGAUACACCUGAGGUCAGUGAGAGUGUGGAUGAUAAUGAUUUAGACGAUGAAUCUGAUUCCAGCGACAAUGACGAUACUGCUUUAUUGAAAGCUCAACAGCAGCUCAGUCGUCAUGAAUCACGACAAGCAGCUAUGAAGCGUAAGCAAGCAGAAAUGGAAAGGAGAGAAGCGAAGCGAAUAAAGUUACAUCAUCUCAAAAGAGAAGAGGCACGGGCCAGGAGCCAAGAACUAAAACAGCGCAAUGAAGCUCGCAAACGAUUAGAUGAAGACGAACGGGCCAUGCUUAAAAAGGUUGAACAAGUGGAGCGAGAAUUACGCAAAUAUCACACUCAUCGUAUUAAGCCUCUUGGUCGUGACAAGUUCUACAACCGCUAUUAUUAUUUGGACGAUGUAGGAGGAACAUUACUUCAUGGUUCCGGAAAGCUGUUUGUCCAGUGUCCUAGUGAUAUUGAUUUGAAGAUUUUACAAGAACGAGAUGAGGAGGGAUCGAUUGACCAGAACGCUAAGCUGCCAUGCGGGCGUGGUGGAGGAGUCAGUUUUGCUGCUCAGUUAAUGAAAGCGCAGGGGAUGGAAAGGCAAGCUGAUUUCUUGGAGCGCCGUGUUGCAGCUCUGAAGCAAGGUACUGCAGAACCAUUGGAUGAAUGGUGGGAAACAUUUGAAGACCCGGAUGAUAUACAGAAAUUGUUGGAAUGGUUAAAUCCUAAAGGCCUUAGAGAAUUUAGACUUAAAAGAGAAUUAGAGAAACAAUUCCAUAAUAUCACUAAUGGAAUGAAGAAACGCGUAUCUGAUCAAAUUGCUGCUAGUCGACAGGAGGCAACACGUCGUACUACGCGUAGUAAAACUAUCCAGCAAUAUCCUCCAGGUUCAUUUUUGGCUUACACUAAUAAGCUUUCUUAAAAGCAAUUUUAGGAUCCUUUGAACUUUUACCUUUUAUCGAUCUAUUUUCUUUAAUACUUCCUUUUAUUAAUUUCAUUUUUUU